CGUCAGCGAGGCUCGACAGAAGUCCAACUGCAGGACCAGAAAUCAGACAAGUACAGCCAUGUCAGAGGAAGACCUAAGUCUAAGUGAUGCACUGACAGACUGUGUUCCACAGUCUGGUUCAGAGAGCACAGUGGAGAAGGACUUUGUGGCUCAGUUGGAAGCAGAAACAUUCGAUGAUCAGGUCAAGGAAAUGGUUGAAAAGACAGACUACAUUCCCCUGCUGGACAACGAUGAUGCUAGGCCAGACAGAGGUAUUGCUUUGGAGAAAGGAGAGCAGGAAUCACGUCAGGCACAAAAGUUUGAGGACUAGAUGCUGCCUACAUCGCCUGAUGUCAGUAGUGCUGCUGCUUUGUGCACUUUCACCAGUUUUCUAUGUUGCACACACACACACACACACACACACACACACACACACACAC